CGCCUGCAGUUAUUGUGGCACGCUCCUUCCUCUCUCCUCCCUUCCUUGCUAGCAUUUCGACCUAGCCAGCUAGCGAGAGAAGCUCUUUAAAUCUCUUAGUGGGAUUAUUAUGAUUUGAUUGAUCAGUGCAACGUAGUAUAUUUGAUUUCUGUGUACACAGCGCGGAUAAACAACAAACUAACAAAAUGAACAUACGAAACGCGAGGCCGGAGGACCUGAUGAACAUGCAGCACUGCAACCUGCUGUGUCUUCCAGAAAAUUACCAAAUGAAAUACUAUUUCUACCACGGGCUGUCCUGGCCUCAGCUCUCAUACAUCGCAGAGGACGAAAAUGGCAAAAUUGUGGGAUAUGUGCUGGCGAAGAUGGAGGAGGAUCCAGAUGAUGUACCACAUGGACACAUCACAUCCCUGGCUGUGAAGCGAUCCCACAGACGUCUCGGUCUGGCUCAGAAACUGAUGGACCAGGCCAGCCGGGCCAUGAUCGAAAACUUCAAUGCUAAAUAUGUCUCACUUCAUGUUCGCAAAAGCAACCGAGCAGCCCUGCAUCUGUACUCAAACACACUCAAGUUCCAGAUUAGUGAAGUAGAGCCUAAAUACUAUGCAGAUGGAGAGGAUGCCUACGCCAUGAAGAGAGACCUGGCCCACAUGGCUGAUGAGGCCCCACAGCUGAGAAAGCCCGGGGUGCGUGUGUCAGGUCAGGAGGCACCGUCUGGCCAGAGCCCGUCAGGGUCUGGUGACCAGGAGAGAGAGAGCGAGAGAGACAGCGGAGGAGAGAGCAAAGAGCUGAGUGAAGUCAGCGAGGCGACAGAAAGCACAGACGUUAAAGAUUCUUCCUCCGAUUCUCAAUGACGCUGCAGUCGUAGACAUUUUUAAAUUCAACCCUGACUUCCACUUUUUAUCUCUCUUUGACAAUAUCUCUCACUUCACAGACUGACUACCUGUGCGUCAAACACACAUUUCCAUCGCUGUUUUUCUUAAGUCUAGUUUUUUGCUGCAGUGAUGAACAAAACAUCUUGGAUAAUGACAUGAGUCGGGAUGGUAUCCAAAUGAAAGUAAAAUGAAAAACUGGUCUCAUUGUUUUUAUUGGAUUGCCGUUCAUUAUCAAAAGUGGUCUAAAGUUCUGUGAGAUUUAACAGAAUUGAAAAGAAGUUGUUUCAACCUGGUUGGUCUCUUCAUUAUUUAACAGAAUUACUGCAAAUAAAUCUUUCAAAUAAUA